AUGUCUGACGACACCGCCACUGCGGCAGCUGCUGCCCCUUCCCAGGAAGAGCAGGUGAAGACUACCGAGUCGGUCGCUGCUCCCACCACCGAACAGACGUCUGCGCCAGCUGAGGCCAAGCUGCCCUCCCCUGAUUCCGCCUCUGAGAAGAAGAACGAAGCAGAGAAGCCCAAGGUCGAAGAAGAGAAGGCCAAGAGCGAACAAGACAAGCCUAAGAGCGAAAAGUCCAAUGGCGACAACAAUUCCAACGGAAAGAGGGAAUACAAUGGCAAGCGAGACAACAGGCCAUACAAUCGACACAACAACAACGUCAAGACCAAGUUUGAGGACCUUCCAGAGUCCAAGGACCCCGACGAAAUCCGCAAGCAGGCGGAGUUCUAUUUCAGUGAUUCAAACCUCCCGGGAGAUAAGUAUCUCUACCAGCUGGUCGGCGGACCCCAGAACAAGCCCGUUCCUAUCAGUAUAAUUGCAUCGUUCAAGCGCAUGCAGCGCUUCAAGCCCUUCUCUGCUGUCGUGGCCGCCCUCGAAGACAGCGAAAUCCUUGAGGUGGUCAACACUCAUGAAGUCAAGCGCAAGGUCCCGAUCGCUAUCACAGCUUCCUACGACCUCGAUCCUCGUGCCCAGCUCAUGGCGGAAAAUGAUGUUGCCCAGCCCCGCAGCAUCUACGCUAAGGGUUUCGGCGAAGAAGGCCCCAAGACGCAAUUUGACAUCGAGGCGCUGUUUGAGCCAUUCGGACCUAUCAAGGCCGUUCGUCUUCGUCGUGCCAGCGACAAGGUCUUCAAAGGCAGCGUUUUCGUCGAAUUCGCGGAUGAGUCGUUGAUGCAGACAUUCCUUGCACUCGAGACUAAGCCUAAGUGGAACGGGCAGGAUCUCAAGAUCAUGACGAAGAAGGAUUACUGCCUCGCCAAGCUCAAGGACAUCGACGAGGGCCGUGUUCAGGCCAACGUGAACAAGCCGGCAUACUACAAGAAGCAUAAUGACGGUGACUGGAAGAGCGGCCGCAAAGAUUUCCAACGUAGCGACGAGUUUCGUGGUCGGGGCGGUCGUGGUGGCCGUGGUCGCGGGCGUGGUGGCGACCGACGUGGUGGUCGUGAUGGCGAUAGGCGUGGUGGCCGUGAUAAUAGAGACGGCCGUAACGGACGCAAUGGACGGAGGGACAGAUCUAGAUCUCCACGUGGACCAAAACUCGACGCCCAGUAA